CCUACUACCCUCUAGCUCAUCAUCGUCGGCCACCUUGCCCUCACCCCCUCCCCGAUGUCCAAAGCCUACCGACCAAGCUCUCCCCUCACAUAGCAACUGGCUAACUCUCAUCUCCAGAAUGGAUCAAAGGUCUCCUGGCAGUCCCCUUCGUCCUCUACUCUCAGCCCACCGGCGUCUUCGACACGAGAGCGACGAGCAUAGCCCGCAUGGCAGAGGAAUCCCACCGCCGUUACGCCGAAAUCUUUCGCGACGUCGAGCACAUGAUUGACGACCACAUAACCCGUCAAGACGAAGACCUCCCCUCAAAAUUAAAAAUGCUCGUCCCCUCGGCAGGGCCCUUCUUCACCCGCCUCCCCCUCGAAGCAGCAUUCACUCUCAUGGACGCAAAACGCCUCAUCUCCUCCCGCCGCUACGUCUCCCCUUCCUUCAACGACGUCCGCCUCAUCCUCAACGCCGCCCAGAUCCUCGCCGUCACCAGUCCCAGUCCCGGCAGUCCCAGCUCCAGCCUAUCCUCCUCCUCCACCACCACCCUCCAACUCGCAACCUUUGACGGAGACGUAACCCUCUACGACGACGGCGAAUCCCUCCUCCCCACCUCCCCCCUAAUCCCCCGCCUCCUCUCCCUCCUCCGCCGCGACAUCAAAAUCGGCAUCGUCACAGCAGCAGGCUACACAACAGCAGACCGCUACUACGACCGCCUCCACGGCCUCCUCGACGCCAUCGCCGCCUCCCCCUCCCUAUCCCCCUCCCAAAAGGCCUCCAUCGUCAUCAUGGGCGGCGAAGCAAACUACCUCUUCGAAUACGACCCGUCCUCCCCGCACCUUUUGAGCCCCGUACCGCAAGAGCAAUGGCUCACUCCCGAAAUGGCAUCCUGGUCCGACGCCGACAUUUCUGCGCUCCUCGACGUCGCAGAGGGCGCGCUGCUCGAGUGCAUCCGCACGCUCAACCUCCCCGCCACGCUCCUCCGCAAAGACCGCGCCGUCGGCAUCGUGGCAACCGACCCGGCCGUCCGCAUCCCGCGCGAGUCCCUCGAGGAAACCGUCCUCGUCGUCCAAAAGAUUCUCGAGCUCUCUGCGCUAGGCUCACCCGCCCAAGCAGCCGGCCACAGCACAAUCGCGCACACGUCCUCCGCUGACGCAAAGGAGUCCUCCUCCUCAACCACCCGCCGCCGCGUCCCCUUCUGCGCCUUCAACGGAGGCCGUGACGUCUUCGUCGACAUUGGCGACAAGUCGUGGGGCGUGACCGUCUGCCAGCGCUGGUUCGCCGCCAAAGCGGGACACCCGGAAACCCCCAUCGCCGGCGAGAAGACGCUGCACAUUGGCGACCAGUUCCUCAGCGCGGGCAGCAACGACUUCAAGGCGCGGAGCGUGGGUACCACGGCGUGGAUCGCGAGUCCCGGGGAGACGGGCGAGCUUUUGGAUGAUUUGAUUGCGAGGAUUUGAAAACGGCCAAAUUGAUGGAAAGCUGAAUGAGGAAUGAUUUACCUUGAAUUAGAGAUCCCCUCCUCCUCCACCACUCUGGGGGCUGCGUAAUACCAGCCACCCAAUCCCUCGAUCCCCUGGCGAACCUUGAAUUCGUGCAAAUACUGUCGAAAGAAACAGUUUUGUCAAACUCGAGCCUUCGUCUUCGGUAUUAGGAAACGGGUCAGGGGGGAGUAUCAGUCACUGCCCAAUUCAUCAUCAACGCUCAUCUCCGAAAGGGGGUGGAUCAUCGAUGACCUGCUGCGUAACUGUGUAUUGCAGCCCUUUUUUUCAAAUGUGCUUGGAUUCUUGGUCUAAACCACACUCGCCACUUUACUAGUAUCGCUGGGAGGACGGGUGGGUGAAGAGGGAAA